AUGUGCCAAGUGAUCCUCUUUGCCGUCGCCGUCUCUUUCUUCUCCUUCUGGAGCGUGAACUGGUUCCUUAUGCAUUUUUCAGCUAUCUUUUAUGGAAUCUGGAAGCUUUUCAGAAAGCGAAGGUUGACUGCCGCGACUCGCAAUUGGCCAGGGGUGUCCAUCUUGAAACCCCUCGUCGGCGCGGACCCCAAUCUCGAGUCCAACCUUGAAACUUUCUUCGCAAUGAAUUACCCAAUUUACGAGAUACUGUUUUGCAUGCACGAAGACGGGGAUCCCAGCUUGGAAAUCGUCGAGCGACUGAGAAAAAAAUACCCGGAAGUGCGCAGCCGAGUGUUCGUCGGCGGUGAAAGGGUUGGAGCUAACAUGAAAAUCAACAACUUGUUCCCCGGCUACCGUGAGGCCAAAUACGAUCUCUUCUUCUUUUCCGAUGCGGGAGUCAAGGUAAAAGCGGACACUCUCAUGGACAUGGUACAACACAUGACGGACAGGGUGGGUCUCGUGCAUCAGUUGCCGUUGGUCUGCGACGGCGAGGGAUUCACGAACGCCUUGGAGAAGGUCUAUUUCAGCACCGUCUGCGCACGGAUAUACCUCGCGGCUGCCAUGCAUGGGUUCAAUUGCCACAUCGGAAUGAGCGCCUUGAUGAGGAGGAGCGUUCUUUCCGAAAUUGGCGGACUCGAGAAGUUCUCGAAUCACCUGGCUGAAGAUUACGUGCUGGCCUCUGCCGUUCUUUCGAAAGGAUACAAACUCGUUAUUUCUUCACAGCCCGUAUGGCAAAAUUUGGAAUCGAAGCGGUUAUCUGUAUUUCUGGCUCGAAUCGCGCGUUGGACUCAGAUCAGGUUCGCAACACAGCCUCAUCAGGUUUUCGUGGAGCCUCUUUUCGAGUGUCUCGUCAAUGGUCUCUUGGGGGCGUGGGCCGCUCGGGAACUCUUCGGCUGGGAUCCUAUACCCUUCUACGUUCUUCACGUUCUCGUUUGGCUAAUCUUGGACGUGAUUCUCACGAUCGUCGUCAACGGAGGAGUGAUGCCGAUGAAUGUGUUUCAUUUUCUCGCGUGCUGGAUUUUUCGGGAGUGCUCCGUGUUGUAUCCCUACCUGUAUGCCGUGUUCGUCCCAGCGAUCCAGUGGCGAGCGGGGAUCUAUCGACUUGACUGGGGCGGCCAAGUGAAGGAAGCCGGACUGGCACCUCCCUCCAUCCGUUAG